AUGGCUCUACCCCUAUCUUACACUCCUUUGAAAGACCUAAAACCAUACAAAAACGCUUGGCGUAUUCAAGUCAAAAUUCUCCACAGUUGGAAAAUGAAUACCGCUAAACUUGGUGAAUCACUCGAACUAAUUCUCGCUGACGAAACAGGUGACAAAAUAGGAGCUUCUAUCAGAAAGGAUCAUAUCAAAAAGUUUGAAUCUGAAUUGAAGCCUGGAUCUUGGAAAGUUAUAUCAACUUUUGGUUUGAAUCUCUGUACAUCCUACUUGCGUCCUUCUCUUAUUAAGUAUAAGAUUAGUACCAGAUAUGGUACCACAAUUAUUCCUUCUGAAAAUGUAUCUGAUGAUCAUUACCUAUCAUUCACAUCGUUUGAUAGUAUACUUGCUGGAAAUCUUGACAAAAAUCUCCUGCUAGACGUUAUUGGUCAAGUAGUCAGUUCUGGAGGUUUAGAAGAAAUCACAAGUCGUAACAACAUUACCAGGAAGAAAAUUGAGUUUGAGAUAAGAGACACUGAGUAA